GGGUCAGAAAAAGGCAUUAUGAUACGCGUCUCCAUAAUGUCCAUAAUAUUCAAUUUGCAUUACCAAUUUGCAUUGUCAAUUUGCAAUUACCAAUCUCAACCUCAUAACCAACCCUUUACAAAAUCCCACCCACAUUUUCUUCUCAAAUCUCAAUCUCUUCUUCAAACAACAACAACAACAACAACAAAAAAAACUCUUUCGUUUCUCUCACAUGGCUCACAAAAUUACCAAAAAAGAAGAAACUGAAUUCAAGGUUCCCGAAACCAUCACACCAUGCAUCAAUCCUCCAACAACCACCACCACAACCCCCGCCAUGGCCACUGUAGCAGAACCGUCUAGAUUUUUUGAAGACAAUUCCACGGCCAGAUCCGCCACGUCAUCACGUUCUCCGAAAAGAUCUCAUCCUAGCGACGACGAUUCACAAGUCCAGCCCCAAACGACGUCGUCGGAAGCUAAACGCGCUGUUAACCGUUGUUCUGGCUGUCGAAAGAGAGUCGGUCUCACAGGAUUCCGUUGCCGUUGCGGUGAUCUUUUCUGCUCCCAACACCGUUACUCCGAUCGUCAUGACUGUUCCUACGAUUACAAAGCGGCCGGACGGGAAACUAUUGCUAGAGAAAAUCCUGUUGUCAGAGCAGCAAAGAUCGUUAAGCUCUGAAUCUGAGUAUUUCAACGGUUAAUCGGAAAAAUCUCGAAGAGAUCGCUUGGGAAAACACGAAAAAGAUAGCUCCGAUCGCGAUUAGAUUAAUUAUUCUCGCUUCUCUUUCUCGCAGAUGCGCCUCGAAACAAACAGCACCUUCAAUAUUUUUUUUAGUAAUUUCUAAAUUUUCUUGUAAUUUUAUUUAGUUUGGAUUGAAAAUUUAUAAAUUAUAUUUAUUACGUGAAA